UCCUAUAGGAACAGCUUUUAACCUCAAACUUUCGUGUUUACGCUCGAAACGUUCUAUAUCAAACAAUAAUAUUGAAUGAAAACAAUGGCAGACAAAAAUUAUUAUAAUACAAUCUUGAGCCAAGUGUUUUCGCCUUGCGGAAAGUAUUUAAUCGUAGGGGAUAUAUACGGAUAUAUCUCAGUUUUCAAUCUUCAGAAGGUUGUAUGCCCAGAGUCCUCUACGAAUGCGGAGGAUAGAAAAGCCAAGAAUGUGUUCAUGGUUCAAGCAGAUAUACAGAUCAAUUCUUUACUAGCUGCAGAUAAUUUGAUUGUCGGGACUGUUGGUGAGAUUUUGGCUUUCAACUGGCAACACAUUAUAAAUUCGGCAGAUGCUAAAGCAAUCUGGAGGAUAGAGAUACCAAACACUAAAGACAACUUUGAGAAAGUCGAUAUAAAUUGCAUGGUUCAAGCACAAUCUGGAGAUAUUUAUGUGGGAUGUGGUGACAACAGCAUUCGGAUCGUUAACAUUGAGAGUGGAUCAAUUGUGAACACUUUGAAUGGGCAUAAAGAUUAUGUACAUUCCAUUGCUAAUAUAGGUAAUGAAUUGAUAUCAGGAGGUGAAGAUGGUUUAGUUAAUAUGUGGGAUAUUAGGAGUAAAACUCUUGUGCAUAGCAUUGAGCCACACAAGAAUGUUAAAUUGCAAAGGCCAGAAUUGGGUAACUGGAUUGGAGCUGUGGCUUUGAAUGAUGACUGGCUGUUAUGUGGUGGAGGGCCUAGGUUGUCUUUGUGGCACUUUAGGUCUAUGAAUGUGUCCACUGUCUUUCCGUUGGACGACAAGGGAAUACACGUGGCUGAAUUUUUCGAAGACUCGAUUUUGGCUGGAGGUCGUUCCAACUAUUUCUACAAUUUAAAUUUGGAUGGAACUGUAGUGUCUGAAAUUCAGACGUCUUCAGUGAGCAUAUUCAGCGCUAUCCAUCAAGAAGAACCGUACAAAGCGCUCUGUCUGAGCGGGUCCAGUCCGCAUAUCGAUAUAUGCAAUAAUUAUAAUUACAGAGAUCAAAUACUUACAGUUUCUAUAUGAGAAGUACAUUAUUUUACCUGGAUAAUUUACACUUAAGUUUGUAUUAUAAUAUAUGCUUAAUAAAUCA